AGUUUUCAAACCCAAAAAUUAUUUCCCGAUCAGUUCUUUUUAAUGUUUUCACAGUAUUUAUUGCAAUCAAAUUGAAUCUCGAUCUCAUUUCACAAUCUCCGGUUGUUUUUCAUCAGUAAUGCGUCAAAACGACGGCGUUUCCUUCACCUCUUCUCCUCUCAAAAUCCCUCUCUCACAAACUCCAGCAUUUCAACUCACCGGAACUCGUCACUUGGCGUUUCAACUCAUUGACUCGCUCAGGAAUCGCUUCAACAAUGUAAAACAUCACUCGACUCAACUCAAUGUGUCAGCUCAGUCUGAGUUAGGAGUUCGCUCGAGUACCAGAAGAUCUCCCUUGUUAUGCUUUGCAUCGGUGUCUCUCGCAGCUGAAAAACAAAGCAUUGGUAGAUCGCCUCUAUUGUAUUCCGCUUCGUUGUCGUUGACUCAACCGGACUCGACAGAGUCGACUCAGGAUGGACAUUUGGCAACGGCAGGUCGGUACAGCGAGGACAGAGUCCUAGUUGGUGAGGUUCUGGUUAGGAACAAAGAUGGGGACGAAUUGGAGAGGAAAGACCUCGAAAUGGAAGCUCUUAACGCGUUGAAAGCUUGCGGAGCUAACUCAGCAUUGACGGCCUGGGAGAUACAAGAAGAUGUGGACCGGAUCAUUGAUAGCGGCUAUUUCUCGUCGUGUACGCCUGUGGCUGUUGACUCGCGGGACGGUAUCAGAUUGGUGUUUCAAGUUGAACCAAACCAAGAGUUACGUGGAUUGGUCUGUGAAGGAGCUAAUGUUUUGCCAUCAAAGUUUCUUGAGAAUGCUUUUCGUGAUGGACAUGGAAAAGUGGUAAAUCUCAAGCGAUUAGAUCAAGUAAUUAGUUCUAUCAAUGGAUGGUAUAUGGACCGUGGUCUUUUUGGUUUGGUUUAUGGAGUUGAUAUCUUCUCUGGGGGUAUCGUUAGGUUAAAAGUUGCAGAAUCAGAGGUCAAUGAUAUAUCUGUACAUUUCCUUGAUCAAAAGACUGGUGAACCAACUAAGGGGAAGACAAAGCCUGCAACAAUACUUAGGCAACUCACAACCAAGAAGGGGCAGGUGUAUAGUAGGCUUCAAGGAAAAAGAGAUGUGGAUGCUAUAUCAGCUAUGGGUCUCAUGGAUGUCAGUAUCCUUCCUCAAUCAGCUGGAGAUGCUGGUAAGGUUGAUUUGAUAAUGAAUGUUGUUGAACGUCCAAGUGGUCGUUUUUCUGCUGGUGCUGGAAUAUCUAGUGGGAUUACAAGUGACCUCUUAUCAGGACUCUUUGGAAGUUUUGCAUACUCCGAGAGAAAUUUGUUUGGAAAAAACCAAAAGCUUAAUGUUUCCUUAGAGAAGGGCCAAAUUGACUCUACAUUCGGCAUUAACUACACAGACCCCUGGAUUGAAGGAAAUGACAAGCAGACAUCUAGAACUAUAACUGUUCAGAAUUCAAGAAACUCUGGCACACUUGUGCAUGGCAACCAACAUGAUAAUAGCAGUCUCAGCAUUGGCCGUGUAACAGCCGGUGUAGAGUUUAGUCGACCACUCUGGCCAAAAUGGAGUGGAACAGCUGGGCUCUUUUUUCAGCGCUCAGGUGCUCAUGAUGAAAAAAGAAAUCCACUUAUUAAAGACUUCUAUGGCAGCCCACUCACGGCAAGUGGUAAGUUAUGUGACGAUAUAUUACUGGCCAAAGUUGAGUGUGUCUAUCCUGGUUCUGGUAACAAAGGAUCCUCGAUGUUUAUAAUUAACAUGGAACAAGGACUUCCUGUCAUGCCUGAUUGGCUGUACUUCAACAGAGUGAAUGCUCGUGCGAGUAAAAGUGUUAAACUUGGUCCUGCCCGUCUUCUUCUAAGAUUGUCGGGUGGACAUGUAGUGGGUAAUUUUCCUCCUCAUGAAGCCUUUGCUAUUGGGGGAACGAACAGCGUGAGAGGUUAUAAAGAAGGUGCCGUAGGCUCUGGUCGAUCUUACGUAGUUGGCUCCAGUGAAGUUUCUUUAAAAAUGCUAGGGCCUGUGGAAGGAGUUAUUUUUUCUGAUUAUGGACAUGAUCUCUGGUCAGGCCCCAAUGUGCCAGGGAAUCCAGCCGGUGCGAGGAAUAAGUGUGGGAGUGGAUACGGAUACGGGAUUGGCAUCCGACUGAACUCGCCUUUAGGACUUCUGCGUCUUGAAUAUGCUUUCAAUGACAGGUUUGCUAAGAGGCUUCACUUUGCAUUUGGCAAUCCUAAAUAAACUUUAACUGCUUUCUUCAGUCCAUUAAUGGCCAAAAUGAUAAUAAUAAUAUAAAUUCUAGUCUUAAGUCUAUCUUUCUUGGACAAUUAAUUUCUAUAUUAUUUAGAUUUGACAAUUGUGGACACGAUUGAACGAUAUGAACAAAUAAAUAAAACACCAUAAUAAUAAAGCGAAUUCAUCACAAAUA